AAACACUCUGUUCCAAUUAAAAGGAAACAACAGAGAGAAAGGGAAAGGGGGAAAACAGAGUGUUGCGUUGCGUUGCGAAGGGGUAGACUUUGCCCAGUCGUCACGCGUUGUUGCGAGCACCAAACACUUCACUGUGAAAAACGAAAAACCCUUUUUCCGUUGAUCUUGUUUGGAUCAGAAUCAGAAUCAGAAGAUGAGCGAUAAUCUGAUGGAAAAGGUGAAUGCUUUGGGGGAGCGUCUGAAAAUCGGAGGAGUGGAAGUGGGUCGGAAGAUGAGUGAGGGAAUGAGUUCGAUGAGCUUCAAGGUCAGAGAGUUCUUCCAGGGCCCGAAUCAGGCCGACAAGUUGGUCGAGGACGCUACUUCGGAGGCCCUAGACGAGCCCGAUUGGGCCCUGAACCUCGAUCUCUGCGACCUCAUCAACACCGACAAGCUUUCCAGCGUGGAACUCAUAAGGGGAAUCAAGAAGCGAAUCAUGGUGAAAAGCCCUAGGGUUCAGUACCUCGCCCUCGUCCUCCUCGAAACCUGCGUCAAAAACUGCGAGAAGGCCUUCUCCGAGGUCGCCGCCGAGCGAGUUCUCGACGAGAUGGUCAAACUCAUCGACGACCCCCAGACGGUCGUCAACAACCGGAACAAGGCCUUGAUGAUGAUCGAAGCCUGGGGUGAGUCCACCGGCGAGUUGCGAUAUCUCCCUGUCUUUGAAGAAACUUACAAGAGUCUGAGAUCGAGGGGUAUAAGGUUUCCUGGUCGUGACAAUGAAAGCUUGGCUCCUAUAUUCACUCCGCCUCGUUCAGUUUCUGCUGCGGAGGUUGAUGUCAGUCUUCAACAGCAGUUUGAGCAUGAUGUGCCUGCGCAGUUUGAGCAUGAUGUUCCUGUUCAGAGUUUUUCUCCUGAACAGACUAAGGAAGCUUUUGACGUUGCCAGAAAUAGCAUUGAGCUUCUUUCCACUGUGUUGUCGUCUUCGCCGCAACAGGAUGCUUUACAGGAUGAUUUGACCUCCACACUUGUACACCAGUGUCGUCGCUCCCAAACCACUGUCCAGAGAAUUGUUGAAACUGCGGGGGACAAUGAAGCACUGCUUUUUGAAGCCUUGAACGUUAACGAUGAGAUUCAGAAGGUUCUCACCAAGUACGAGGAGUUGAAGCAGCCUGCAUCUGCUCCACUUCAACCUGAACCAGCCAUGAUUCCAGUUGCUGUGGAACCAGACGAAUCACCACGCCAUAUUAAAGAAGAUGCCUUGAUUAGAAAACCAGCUGGAUCAAGAACACCCCAGGGAGGAAGCAACGAUGACAUGAUGGAUGAUCUUGAUGAGAUGAUUUUUGGGAAAAAAAGUGGUGAAGGAUCAGAUGGGGGACACGACACAAAGAAGCAGCAAUCACCAAAAGAUGAUCUCAUCUCUUUCUGAGCUGCAAUACUGAUUCUACAAUGAAUAUAGAACAAACAGAGUGCUUUUUAAUGUCACGUUACUUUUAUAUCCAGAUGUUGAUUCUGUUCUGAACUUUGUUCAGGAUUCAGAUUGCUCGCUCCAUUAAUUUUUUUGCACUUUGUGUGCAACUUAUGUUUGCAUUAUGGUAUAUAAGUUAUUGACAGACAAGAUAUACGUGGGAAACUCUGGAUAAUUUCAUUCACUCUCUGUCAUCUGUUAUUACUCACAUAACAAUCAUUUUUUCUUGUUGAUGUAUGAUACCAAUUCUACUUUUUUCUGCA